GCUCUGAGUGCAGAUGAAGAGAAAUAAAGCACCGGGAAAGCUUCGUCUACCGCAAAGGCAUUUCUCGAACAAGUGCAAUUUCUCUUCAAAGCAGGAGCUGUUGGCGACCUGCUCUGUUCAUCGCCCCCGAGCCCUUCCGCGCGAGCACCGGAUCAAGCAGGCGUCGCUUUGUGGCUUUGUGGAAGAACUCAUCUGAUUCUGCGUCCCGAUUCUCCCCGCUUUUGGUCUCCAGCAUGCCGGGUACUCUCGCUCUUUCUUUCUCACCCAGACCCGGCUAGCCCGGGGCAAGGAAAGGCCCUUCUCUUCUCAAGAGCCCGGCCAAGGCCCAGCACAAAGACUCGAGGCAAACGGAUCCAGCCGCGAGAAUGCUCACGGGCUGGGGGAGGGGUCCCUCCGAUCUCGCCCUUACCUGGCUGGAUUCCGGGCGCCCCCUCCGCAAAGUAGCAUCUCGGCGGAGAAGGGGACAAGUUCGCGCCCGCCCACCCACCUCGGCGGGCGAAGAGUUUGCCCCUUCGCGCCGGAACCUUUGGCAGCCUGGCGGCGGGGGAGGCGGCGAUCCUUUGCAGCUUGUGGGGCCGCCGCUUAGGCUGCUCCCCUCCAACCUGGCCGUGACGCAAGCAGAGCCUACUUAAAGGCGGCGGGGAGGCAGGCAGAGAGACACGGAAGGCGAUCGCCGCCUAAGCUGGCUCCCCGGAGCCGCCGCCGCCGCCCUGCCUUCCCCCGGGGGUCGGGGCCUCGAUUCGCAGGGCAGGAGGCCCGGCUCAGGCUGGUGCUUCUCGGCCGCUUUGGUGCGGUCCCUGGUGCCGCCGCCGAGCUUUCGCCUCCGGAUGAACCGCGAUGGGGGAAUGGACCAUCCUAGAGAGACUCCUCGAAGCCGCUGUCCAGCAGCACUCCACUAUGAUAGGGAGGAUUCUGCUGACCGUGGUGGUGAUCUUCAGGAUUCUUAUUGUGGCGAUUGUAGGUGAAACUGUGUAUGAUGAUGAGCAGACUAUGUUUGUGUGCAACACCUUGCAGCCAGGCUGCAACCAGGCAUGUUAUGACCAAGCAUUUCCUAUUUCUCACAUUAGAUACUGGGUGUUUCAGAUCAUCAUGGUGUGCACUCCUAGUCUCUGUUUUAUAACGUACUCAGUUCAUCAGUCUGCCAAGCAGAGGGAAAUGAGGUAUUCUACUGUUUUCCUGACCUUGGAUCGAGAUCAGGACUCCAUGAAGCGGGAUGACAGUAAGAAAAUCAAGAACACCAUUGUCAAUGGGGUGCUGCAAAACACUGAAAGCUCCACCAAGGAAGCAGAACCUGAUUGCCUAGAAGUGAAGGAAAUUCCCAAUCCAACCAUAAGAACAUCAAAGUCAAAGAUGAGGCGCCAAGAAGGCAUCUCUAGAUUUUAUAUCAUUCAGGUGGUCUUCAGAAAUGCCCUGGAGAUUGGGUUCCUGGUUGGACAAUAUUUUCUGUACGGAUUCAACGUCCCUUCCAUGUAUGAAUGCGACAGGUAUCCUUGCAUUAAGGAAGUUGAGUGCUAUGUCUCCAGGCCCACUGAGAAGACAGUUUUCUUGGUCUUCAUGUUUGCCGUGAGUGGCAUUUGUGUGGUGCUCAACUUAGCGGAACUGAACCACUUAGGCUGGAGAAAGAUCAAAAUGGCGGUGAGGGGAGCGCAAGCAAAACGGAAAUCAAUAUACGAAAUCAGGAACAAGGACCUGCCACGCAUGAGUGUGCCUAACUUUGGCAGGACUCAGUCUAGUGACUCUGCUUAUGUGUGAGACUUGCAGAACCAGAUUGCUGUGCUGUGUACCUUGGCCCGCUGCCAUUUGAAUUAGGGAAGGAACAUUGCUUAAACAACUGUUUCCUACAACCACCAAGAAAGCCGUUAACGUACUCUCUGUGCACUUUCUAGACCAGAUUCAAACCCGAGUGCUCAUAACAACAACAACAAUAAUUGUAAAAGAUGGAUAAAGACACAGUUGAUCAACACCUGCAGUCUGACCUUACAUCUCCAUUACUUCUGCCCUCUCCUCCCUUGCCCUCCUCUCCUCUCCCCCCUAAGAUCCAAUGCUAUUUGUUGAAGAGCACAAUCUUUUGGCCAUGAUUAGUAUCGCUCCAUUUGUAUGACUGAUGGAAAACAUGUUCAGAAUGUUAUUGUCAUAUGGAUGAUGGGAAGCAUUUAUACAAAAGCUGGAGUGAGGGAGGGGGAUGGGAGAGAUUCCUACUCUUCAAGCACAUGAUUGCAAAACUGCCAGUAGUGAUUACCCCAAACCUCAUCUCGUGGGUACCUAACAUCACACUCUCUUUUGGCAUUAUGCAGUUAAAUGCUGUGUAUGCUUAGCAUUUAUUUUUUCUAUCACCGUUUUUGGUACAAAAAAUAAUAAUGAACACACUGAGGUCAAUAUAAUUUUAAUUGUCAUACAGCUAAUUGUGACCCAUCAAAUUUAUGAAAUAGAUUUGUAAAAAAAAAAAAUCACAGUUCCACACUAUGCGCAUGAGGAAGAUGUAGUGAUUUAAAAUUCAGCUAGUUGAAGUAAUUACCUGGAUUUUAAAAUUACAUAUACCAAAGGAACAGAAUGGAUUACUAACUGUGAAAAACAAAACCUAUUUGCCCUUACUACGACAAGUGCCAUACUUGAAGUUCAGACAUUGAAUUCUGUAUUUAGUCAAAGGCUUGGCUAAAGAUCCCAACUUGAAAUACCGGAUUUUAUAUUUUCCUUCCAUUUUUAUCUACCUAUAUAUAAUUUUUUUGCUUUUCUUUCUUCAUUAUAGCAAAGGUGCAAAUGCCAUUGGUAAAUUGCUAAAAAAAUAAUUUUUAUAAAAUAGAAAGUUAACUUUCUUUUAUAUAUGCAUAUAUGUUAGUAACAUUGCACUGAUAUAUGAUGAUGAAACUGGUGUAUCUAUCUAGAAUAUAAGACUCAUUACAUUAUUGCCUCUUUUUAUAUUCAUGGCCUGGAUUCUAUCUAAAAUAUAUGAAGGGUUUACUUUUCCUUACAGUGUCAUGGUGCUAAAAUAAGGAAAUGUACACGGAUAAGUAGCAAUAUAGCAUGAUCCAGAAAAUGCAGUUUAUCUAUUCGUAUGUAUAUGCAUGUGUGUCUGUGUGUCUGUGUAAGCACACAAAACAUCUUUAUCAUAUUUCAUUAUAUGAACAUUUCAGGGAUAUAGAAUUAAUUGUUUUAAGUGGGGUGGUGUUUCCCUUUUUCAAAUAAUGAUGUUAGUCUAUUUUAGGACGUACGCUACAAUUUCUAUGUAUUUCUCACCUUAAAAUAUGCCAUUAAUUUUCAGUAAUUAUAUUUAGAAGGGACUGCAAAUAUUGGGCUGGAGGCCUGUCUUUUGUCCACUCAUGCAGGCUCUUAAAAGUUCCUCCAGGUUUGGAAGGUCUACUAAUAAAUGUGGAGAUUUCUAAAUAAAGGAAGAAAAAAUGUGAAACUUCUUGGAAUCCCCUUUCAAAUGUUCAUGUUAAACUGCAAAAGCUGAAUAAUAAUAAAACUUUAGGCACAGGGCCCAUUUUUGCAUCCUGCAAUUAUUAGAGAUGGGGAAAUGUUAUCUCAUUUUUUCCCCUGAUUCAUUAUUUUUUCCCUCCUUGAACUGUCCCAUGCCAGUACAUCUUUAGUUUUGUUUUUAAAGUUUACACCAGAAGGUAAAGUAUUUAUGUGCUUUUUCCAAGCAUUAUUUUGCUAAAAAUAUACCAUUUUUGCAAACAAUUUUCUCUAAUGAAAUAAAAUCUGCAUAUUAUUUUCUUGAAUACACACACACACACACACACACACACACACAUGCUGUAUUGACUUUUCUGUUUUGAAUGGAAAUGUCAUUGCAAACACUGGAGAAAAAUACUUUAAAUUUCUGUAAAUUAAAAUCAAUAUAGAAAUUAAAGUAUUUCCCUUUCCUUCUUAGCUGCUACAAAUAUGUCCAGAAUAACUACACAUAAUUCUAUUAUAAUGAAAUAAAAUUAUAUAAAAAUAAUCAUAAUUAUUUGAGGUCCAAUUUCCUACUAUUUAAAAGUAGAAAAUGAAUUAUUCCCUUUUCUCUUUUUUCUUCCUUUUGUUUCUAUAGUGUAUCAUGUACCAUAAUUAUAUUCCUUUAGUCUUCAGAUUAACUAUAACCAUAUCUAAAUCCAUGUUUAAGUUUCACCAGCAUUUAUGUUGAUCCAUAAUUCACUUCUGCUCAGAGUCAUAUAUCUUCCUUUUGGCAGUAAAACAGAUAUGCAUAUGGACUGGCUAGCAAUGCAUAAAUCAUCACAUCAUUGUUUUCAAUAGAAUGGAGUUUGCUAUCCUAACCUUGCCCAACAGUACAGAGCUAUUAUUGAUAUAUUUGAGAAAGUGGCAUGCCAUAUUUUCUGAAUGCUUUGAGGCAAUCUGAAUUGACUACUGAGUCUAAAUGACAGUGAUGGGAAACAGAUCAGACAAAUCUAAAAAAACCCCCAUCAAUAUAUAGGCUUUGAACAAAGAGGAUGGGAAAAGUUGGCACUAAAUGCAUUUUAUCAUUAUUGAUGGGAACAUGCCUUAGGACAGAUUUUGUUAAUGUUUUCACAUGAAUCUAUUUGCUUAUCUGAUUUUUUUUCCUUUUCUGAUGUUUGUAAAGAUGGCCCAUCAACCAAUGCAUUCUUUUUUAUAUUUGUGCAGUUUGAUCAUUGUUCUCUGUAGAUAUGAUACUUUAAUUGUGGAAAUGUUUGGGAAAUUCAGGGUGUGCUAUUUAUCCCAUUGUCAUUGGCUGCAAACAGUUACCUGUGUUCUCCUUUAUUCCCCAAAUUGUUGAAUGAACUGCUUUUGUGUAAUUGUAUGAAAUGAUGCCUGUAAAGUUACCCUCUUUUGUUUCAGCAAGUCUUACAAGCAAGCAGCACUUGGUGAAUAGAACUCUAACUCUCUAACACAAAUGCAUAUUAUAUUUCAUAUGAAGCCUAUUGAAAUAUAUAUUCAUGAAUGUCCUUGAUUUCUCUACACAUAAUCACUGUGUAGGGCAACCUUUUGGUGUAUAAACUGAUUUCACUGAAAAGCACAAUAUAGUAUGAAAUUGUAGUUAUCUGUCAGAUGAGUUGCUCACAAUCAUCUUUUGAUAACGCAGACAGUAAAUUAUGAACAUGCAUCUGUUGAAUUACAUAUCUUAUUUUUAAGAAAAUGUCUUCAGGAGUGGGGUCAUUCUACCUUGUUAAUUUUAUGUAAUGGGAAAAAUGACGUUGCUUUAACAUGUUGGAUAUUAAAAUGAAUUUGAGGUGCUUUAAAACAUGGUUUUGCUGCUCACAUGGAUGCUGAAUAAAUCAGAGAGACUUAUUUUCAGAUUUGAAUUGGCAAUUGAUUUGAGUUGCAGAGCUCAUAAUUUCAGUUUUUUUAAUCAGUUAUUGAUCCUUUUUAUAGAAAACUGAUUAUAUUGAUGCUCUGAUGGAGAAGGGUGGCAUGUAACCUGAAAUAAAAGAAGAAUAAAUAAAUAAGAGCAGCUGUUGGAGGAGAAAGAGGCACUUUUGUACAAGUUGGCACAUUGGAGAGACAAAUGGCUAUGGUAAAAGAAAAAAUGAUAUGGCUUUGAUGGGGUGCCCAAAGCUCCAUCCAUUUUUAUGUCAGUUGUACCACCAUCUUCACUUUUUUGACCACACCCUGUGGACAGUCCUAGUAGCGCUGCCAUUGGAAAGACCUCCUUGAGCCAACAUGGAUUCUCUCCGUGAUUGUAGGCCAGUCAUAUUGUCUCAAUCCAGUCUAGUUCACUGCAUAAUUAUUGGGAGGGUAUAAUAAAAAGUUAGCCAAGGGUGUGGUCAUGAGUUUUUUAAAGAAAGACAGAAUCUAUGUAAGGUAAAAGUUUUCCCUAUCCAGUUGUGUUUGACUCUAGGGGUUUGAUUCUGGUUUCAAACCCAGGUUGUCACAUUUCUAGCUGAUAAUGUUUGUUUAACCACUAAGCCAUCAUGCCCUUUUUGGAAUCCAUGUAAUUAUGUAACUAAGAAUGAAUGAAUGAAUGAAUGAAUGUAACCUUCCUCUGAAGUCUACCUAUUAUAUUUUUGGGAAGUGACGAAUAUCAGAUUAAUUAUUAAUUCUUCCCUCAAUUAAAAAAGUGUGACUUUUUGUCUGUACCUCUAUGGUCCUAAGGAAGAACAAUAUUACAUGAAUAUUAUUUUAGAGGGCAGGUAAAGACUACCAACUGAAGUUUAAUAUUAACCUAUAUUCGUCUAUAGGUUUUUAAAAAGGCAGACAAAAUAUUCUUGAUAAAUUUAGUAAUCCUUUAUGCCCAAUUUUUAGCAGCUCAUUGAAAUAUGAAUUGUAUUAUUGGUAUUAUUAGUAGUAAUAGUAAUAAUAGUAUCAGAAACAGCGCCUAGUUACAGUAAAAGUUAUAGGCAUAAUUGGAAUAAUGCUUAAUAAAUAAUAUCUGUAAUGGAUAAUAAUAAUAGACCAUUUAGUGCAAACCUUGUAUUCAAUAAGGAACAGCUAAACACAGUAUUUAGAGAUUUCAGUAAUUCUGGAUCAGCUUAGGUAAGAUAAAUGGGUUUCUACUAUUAGUACUCUAGCAUGGAUUCAAAAUCCUAUUUAUAUAUUAAAGGCAUGUCUUGAAAAUUACCAAAGGAUGUAUUUCAAUGCUUUUAGUGAAAAGCACAAUUAAUAACUUCCCCAAAAGCAAUGCCAGUAACAUCCCUCACUACUUUAGCUUGUAAAGAGAAAAUACAGAACUUGCUUACUGAAUUGGAAACAUGCGACUGGAUGGAAUAAAAUGGAAUACACUUAAUAUUUGUAAACUGUACAAAAGUGUUCACAUACAUGGAAUACAGCAACAUUGUUAUACAUAGAAAUUCAUAAACACGUGGGUUUCUACCCUAUCCCACAUAAAAAAAUUGGAUAUAUCACCAGGCAAAAGCAGGUUGAAAAUUCUAGUUUGGGCUAAAGAUUAGCACUUUCAAUAUACAAUAAAGUUUUUUGGGGGGAGGGGAGUGUUGGUGCCUUUGAGUAAGUGUUAACUCCUGGUGACUGCCUGGAGUUUUCUUGGCAAUGUUUUCUGAUGUAGUUUUCCAAUUGCCUCUUUCCUAGAUGGACAGUGAAUGAGUCACCCAAAGUCACAGCUGACUUUGUGCCUAAGGUGGGACUAGAACUCACGAUAUCCCGGUUUGUAGCCUGGUGCCUUAAAUGCUACACCAAACUAAAGUUAUAUCUAAAAGUAUAAAAUGAUGGUAAAGAUCCAUAUUAUUUGCUUGCUAGUAGGGACAAAAAUCUCCAUCCCUGAUUUCAUAAGUUUUGUUAUUAAUAUAUUUAUUUCCUUCAUUAGAUACAUUAGAGUUUACCUUCCCAGCUUAAAACUGGAUAUAAUACAAGAUAAAACAGUUGUAAAAUAUAUGAUACAAUCAUUCCCUGUGUCCCUUUGCCUUGAAUAAUUACACUUGAAGACUAGCAUUGCUAUUGUGUCUAGAUCUAGAAUUAAGUUCACACCCUAGGUAGUUAUUUGCUAUUUAAUAAAUGACUGUGUUUAUUACAAAGCUAAGUGGGAAUUCCUAGCGAAUAUUACAUUUUGCCUUUUACAGGGCAAUUGUAAAAGAAGCAUCACAGUUUCUGAAUGUAUAAUUUCAGUUUAAGUGGCCUGAAUAUAGGACCAGACUGGAGAAAGAAAUGAAUUACAAUGAAUGCUUAUGAUGAAAAAAAAUAUUAGACAGUUACCAAAGAACAAGAAUGAGAUAGGGUGAGAAAGAAAGAAUUUACUACCAUUAAGUAGAAAAAGAAACAGGGAAAGAAAAGCAGAAGAGACAUGGAUUUUUGUUUCUGAUGUUUUGGCUCUCACAGACUUCAUUAUCUGUAUUAGAAACUGAAUAAUAUUCUGAAAUACAUCCAUGCAAACUGUUACAAUGAUUUAUCUAUUAUUUCAUAUAUAAACCAUUUUUGAUCUCAUUUGGCUGAAGUGAUUCAUCUCUCUCUCUCUCUUUCAGUCACUGUAUAUUAUAUUAUAUAUUUUUUAUAUUUUUCUAAUAAUAUUAGUGCCUCUAGAGAUUGAAAUCAAAUCUAUUUUUGAGAACCCACAAGCUGAUUUCAUUUAACUGAAUUGCUGGAUUAUUUAGAUUUAUGUAUCUCACCUGCAUACACCACCUAAUUAUAGCAUCAAAUUUUGCAGGUUCAGAGAGUGGAGAGAGAAAAAGAACAUGAGAAGACAGUAAAUCUUUACAUCCUCUUCAUCUUACACUUCUUGCAGAAUUCUAUCAGUAACGGGAAAUAAGUUUUUCCCACAACAGCAAAACAAAAUCCCGAUUCCUCCACUGAAAUUGAUACCAGUCAGUAAAAGGAGGAUUUGUGUUUCUGUGGACUCGGUGGCCAAGCAAUAUAAAGUUUAUGCUUAGAAAAUCACUAUCAGUUUGUUGGGUAGUCGUUACAUGUAUGAUCUGAACAGGACAAUGAUAUUUUUAGCUUUUUUAAAAAUAAACCCUAAAUUGCAAAUUGUGAUUUAGUAGUUUGUGCUUUGGUGGUCAGAAAAAGUUUGCAUUCUGAAUUCAGAUACAGCAACGUCUUUAGCUGCUGCUUAACAAUGGUUGGGGCAUUGAAAGUUACUUUAUAUGGCUACUCAUAACACAAACCAAGUAUUUGUGGGACACUUAUAUGGUACAUAAUUCAUUUAACUGUUUUACAAUUAAGUAACAUGUCUGUACAAGAUCAUGGUUUAUUGAGAUAUGAACAAAAAGCCUAAUAUAUUUGUCCAGAAGUUUAAAAGAUCUAGGGCAGGAGUGGGCAAUGUGUAGCCCUGUAUGGGUAGUCCUCAACUGAUGACCACAACUGAGCCACACAUUUCUGUUGCUAAAUGAGACAGUUGUUCAGUGAAUUUGGCCCCAUUUUCUUG